CAUUUACUAUGUUAGAACAAUGUUCACACUUGACACUAUUUAAAGACUCUUUACUAUUACAUAAAUAGCUGCAUCAAACAAUCAACAAAGAGCAUAUAUAGAACAGAGAAUUUGAGUUUUGUGGAGCAUAAAAUGAAGCAAAAAAUAGUGAUAGAAGUGAGUAUGAAAUGCCAAAAAUGUCGGUCCAAGGCAUUGCAGAUAGCUGUUGUAAAAGAUGGUGUUAUCUCAGUGGCUUUGAAAGGGGAAAGCAAAAAUCAAAUUGAAGUGAUUGGAGAGGGAGUUGUUGAUGCAGUUGGCUUGGCUCAAACUUUGAGGAAAAAGGUUGGAUAUGCAAACAUAGUGACAGUGGAACAACUGAAAUAAAAUUAAAAAAUCUGAUAUGUUGUUUCUUUUUCACUCAUAUAUGGUUUUGUAUCCUUAGAAUUAUGUAUGUCUAUUAGAACCCAUCAAAGAUUUCAAAUCAAUAACUCAUAUGUGUGUGUUAGUUAUCA